GCCUGAGAGUCCGAGUUGGCAGCAUGACGCGCGGAUAUACCGAGCGGCUCACUUCUCCUUAAUCCACGCGUUUGUCGCUAUAGGCCUGACUGUAAACUUUAUUAUUACUAGCCUAUCUGCGCGUUUGUAAUCCCAGAUAUAGCGGAUGAAAUAAACUAUUUGACAGUGCAGGUCUUCCGGCAGCACUAAAUCAAUCAACUGCAGUGUAGAUAGAUGUAGGAUCAUCACUGGGACUUUUAUCACAGAACCGAGCGGUUAAUGUCGCGUGUGAGUCGCGUUAUUCCACUUUUUUCAUUCAUCGUGUCGUCACGGAAUAAACCGAGAUUCAGUCAUGACAGAGACGCGCAUUUCGCGCUGGUACUUCGGAGGAAUUGCCUCGUGCGCGGCCGCCUGUUGCACGCAUCCACUGGACUUAAUAAAGGUUCAUCUGCAAACCCAGCAGGAGGUGAAGAUGAGGAUGACUGGCAUGGCAAUGCAGGUGGUGCGCAGUGAUGGGGUGCUAGCGCUCUACAAUGGGCUCAGUGCUUCACUCUGCAGGCAGAUGACAUACUCAAUGACCCGCUUUGCCAUUUAUGAAACUGUGAGAGACAAGAUAUCUAGUCAAAACCAGGGGCCCAUGCCCUUCUACCAGAAGAUCUUGCUGGCUGCUUUUGGAGGUCUUACUGGUGGGUUUAUUGGGACACCAGCUGACAUGGUUAAUGUCAGAAUGCAGAAUGAUGUGAAGUUGCCACCUGAGUUAAGAAGAAACUAUGCACAUGCUCUUGAUGGAUUGUUACGUGUCUGGAAAGAAGAGGGAAUAAGGAAGCUGUUCUCUGGAGCCUCAAUGGCAGCUGGUAGAGGGGCCAUGGUCACUGUGGGGCAGCUGUCCUGUUACGACCAGGCCAAGCAGCUGGUUCUGGGAACUGGUUUGAUGACUGAUAACAUUUUCACUCACUUUGUUGCUAGCUUCAUUGCGGGGGGUUGUGCUACUGUUCUCUGUCAGCCUAUGGACGUGGUAAAAACCAGACUGAUGAAUUCAAAGGGGGAAUACAGGGGGGUGAUUCAUUGUCUGUCUGAUACCGGAAAACUCGGACCUAAAGCUUUCUACAAGGGCCUUGUCCCAGCUGGAAUCCGUCUGAUUCCUCACACUGUACUUACUUUCAUCUUUCUGGAGCAGCUCCGAUUGUACUUUGGCAUUAGAGUCGUCACCUCUACAUAAAUUCUGACAAAAAAGCUCCUGGUAUUAACAUCAGUUUCAGGUGAUCCCUUCACAAGUAGACAGUAAUAAAAUCCUGUGUAAAUGGGGUCCAAAA